GGAGGGUUUCUUCAUAGAUGUGUUUAUAUGCAUAUCUAUGGGAUUCUGGUGUCUGCCGCUGAAAUGUUUCAUCCACAACUUCCGGUUCCGGUUGCGCCUCGUUUUUGGAAUUCUGUGCGAAGUUGGUGUUUGAUUUUGAAAAGAGUUUGGACUAUGACGCAUUAAGGACACAGAGAAAGGAUUACGGAUUUUUAUUUAGAAGCUGGACACUUUAAUUUAAAAAGAAGGCUGCCGUGGUAGGUUGGACUGGAGCUAGCCAGAAGAUCCAGUUUACUCAUAAGUGAUGCCUGCUGAAGGAAAGCACGCCAACACACACUUCAGGGACCAUACAUUUACAUGGCAACCAAAGAAAAGUCCGCAAAGAAAGCCAGAAAGCACGUUCCAGCCAAGACCUCCUUCACGUCUCCACUGAGUGUAGGCUGGAGCUCGCUUCCUCAGGGUCAUGCGCAUUUCAUCCUGAAAACCACAAAGGACAAACUGAUCUCCACGGGUCUGAUGAAAAAGGAGGUCAAAGUGCUGCGGCCACGGAAGAAGAGGGAAAAGGGGGGCUCCCUUUCCAAAGCAGAGCCUGCUCCCCAGGUGAGUCAGGUGGGGGAUCCCAUCAGGAACGGCUGGACAGAUGUGGCGGCCAGACGACAGCUGGCCAUCGGCAUCAACGAGGUCACCAAGGCUCUGGAGAGGAACGAGCUCCAGCUGCUGCUGGUCUGUAAGUCCGCCAAGCCUCAGCACAUGACGAACCACCUGAUAGCCCUGAGUGUGACCCGAGGCGCGCCGGCCUGUCAGGUGCCUCGGCUGAGCGAGACCGUGUCGGGACCUUUGGGGCUGAAGAGCGUCCUCGCUCUAGGAUUCAGACGGAGUUCUUCUGAAGACAACCAGGUGUUUACAGAUGUCAUUGAUGCCAUCAAACCAAAGGUGCCUCCGCUGGAUGUUGCCUGGCUACAGAAUGCAUCAUCCAGAGGGACUCCUGAACAUCCUGCCGGUCAGGAAGAUGGCCCAAGAGGCCAGAAACGGAAACUGGAGAGUGAAUCUGAGAAGCACACAGAGAGUCCCCCCUCCCCGUGUUCUCUACAGCCUCUCAAAGUAAAGAGAAUUAUUGCUAAUCCUGCAAAGAGACGCAAACAAAAGCCCAAGAAAAAGCCUGUGAAAUGAAAACGGCUUGAUGGUAGCAUUAGGAAGUGCUGGUGUUUUUCCAGAUGAUGUCAGAUUGUGACACACCUGCUGCCUAGCCUCGGCGUGGACAUGGGUUUAUGUUCCUCCAACAUCGGACGCCUAAAGGGUUAAAAACAAUCCCUGUUGUCCGGUAUUCUGGUUUCCAGCUGAUCGUUGUCAUCCGAACGCUGAGGUGUCCUUUUAUGUGGUUCAGUAUUCCGCUGAGAUCCAUCUCAGAUAAUAAUAAUAAUAGUAAAGAUACUAAAACAA